GUCAUAUGACUCAUUCUGGUUCAAAAUGGUGGAUCGACUGGUGAACAGUGAGGCCAAUUCUCGACGCAUCACAUUUGUGGAGCAAUGUUUUGGAACAUCUGGUCAGCCCCUGCGUGUACCUGGUCGUGUUCUGGUCGGGGAAGGAGUGCUCACAAAAAUGUGUCGAAAGAAACCAAAACCUAGACAGUUCUUCUUGUUUAACGACAUUUUGGUCUAUGGCAAUAUUGUGAUUAAUAAGAAAAAAUAUAACAAGCAGCAUGUGAUUGGCUUGGAAGAUGUGAAGUUAGUGAGUGUAAAUGAUGAAGGAACCUUACGGAAUGGUUGGAAAAUCUUUAGCCCUAGCAAAUCAUUUGUUGUUUAUGCUGCAACAGCGACAGAAAAACUCGAGUGGAUGGCACACAUCAAGAAAUGUGUACAAGAUUUAUUAAACAAACAGGGCAAGACCCAGAGCAGCACAGUUGACUCUCCUGUCUGGGUGCCGGAUCACGAGGCCUCCAAGUGUAUGCACUGUCGUAAGACUCAGUUCUCAGUAAUCAACAGACGGCACCACUGCCGACGGUGUGGGAUGUUAGUAUGUAAUCCCUGCUCCAAUAAGCGCUGGCUGCUGCCCCAGCAGUCCUCUAAGCCCCUGAGGGUCUGCCUCACCUGUUAUGACAAGGUGUCUAGGGCACACACUGGCCCACAGAGGGCUUCAGAAUACGAAACAGCAGCGAAUGAAGACUCAUCAGGUGAUGACAGUUCAGAUGAUGAGGAUGAAGUGGGACCAGCAGGAGAACCUGCCUCCAUCGGCGAUGACGCACCACAGAUUGGUACAUUUUAUGGUGAAGAGGAAAACAAUGCAGCCUGAGAGCAGUGGACUGGGGAGUAUUACCGGUUGGAAGUUUUCAGUCUGGACAGAUCAUAUACCCUCUGGUGAUAUUUGUGUUAUCCUGGUAUGUCUCUGAACAGUUUUCCUCAGUAUGGCAAACCUAAUACUGACUCACUUGUAGAUCAGCGUCAUCACAAAUGUAUAUUUAUUUAGUAUGCGCAUCCUGUGUUUUUAAACCAAAUGUUUUACUUAAUGCCAAAUGUAUUUGAAAAUGUGUCUGGUUUUUCUUUCAAAAGAUUUUGAGCUUGUCAGAUCAGUUUAAGAUGUGGUCUGAUUGUUGUAUUGCAAAAAUGUUAGUCAGUCAUUGGUCAGUAUUGUGUUGUAAUUUUUUUACCCGACACUUUGCAUUAUCUAUCAACCUUGUCUGAUUUUUUUUUUUUUUUUUUUGAAAGUUUGGUUGUGCUAUGUAAUUUGGAAAGCAUGAGAAGAUACAUGGAUAGCUCUUUUGGGCUGAAAAUAAGCCCACUCUGACAAUGCUCAGAUUGUAAUUAAAUACAUGCAUAACAUGCUAAAUGGUAACUUAGUAAAUUUCUGAACGUAAACUGCAAUAUGUAUAUAAUUCUGCUCUCAUUAUUGGGGUUCUGUGCUAUUUAUAGCUAUUCAUGCCUUUUUUGCUACUAAAGGAAUGAUAAUUUUCGCAUGUAGGGGACAUUACAAUGAGUCUGAGUGCACUAGAAGUUUGCUAUUGAAAUAGUACUGCUACAGUGAUAUACCUUUGUGGCAAGUCUAAUGAAAUUUUGAAAGAGACCCUAAUAUUGAAAGCUCACAUCUCGUUAAUCUGUCUCUAAUUGCACUUCCCUUAACAUCUUGUUAUAAAUUUCUGUGAGAAAUUUGGAUUCUUUGUGUGUGUAGUGAAAUAGAAAAUAGCUCAAAUGCUUCUGUUUGUACAUGCAAUUUAGGUUUUCUUUUAUUUAUUCUCUUCUGUGUAUAUUAGUAUUGUACAGAAGUUGAUCCUUUUGUAUGAAAUCUGUUAAAUGCAGAGGCUUUGGCACUUCAUGUACAUGUAUUAAGAAGGUUGCCAUUUUGUAGUAUAUGUAUAUGUAACAUUUUUGUGAGACUUACUCAGUGUCAUUGCAUUCUUCUGUCACCAUUUCAUAUAUUUUUAACUUCAUUCAUCUGGCUUCCACACUCUAGUUCUCUGUUUUGAUAAAAAGUAGAACUUCAAAUUUAGCUAGUGCCAAUUCCAUGAGUGUUACUUAGGACUGCAUUUAACAGAGAUCUGGAUCCAAACCCCUUACCGAGGAACCAAUAGAGAAACUGCUCCUAUGCUUCAACAAUUUUGAUGCUUGUAAAACUCAGUUUGCAGAGUUUUGCAUUAACAGUUAUGUAAUUCAACACUUUUUUAUUCCCCUUGAAUUUUAUUGGUGUGUGUGUAUUCUGUAUUACCUUUCAUUUAUCCCUGUUGGUGUUACUCGUCUUAAGUUUGAAACUAAUGCCAGCUUUGAUGUACUUCAGUACACCUGUCUAAUUUUGAAGCAUGAAGUGUCUAACUAUUUUCAAGAUUUAAUGGUAACUAGCAGAACACAUUUGAGUUACCAAGUGGGGAUAUUCCUGUUCAUGGCUAGUGACCACAGGAGGUGACUUAGUUCUUUGUUCAUAUCCAUGCAGAUCUUACUUCUUGGACAACUAGUGUAUCUUUUUUUCGAUAUUUUUGGAGGGUUCCUGCUUCUGUUUUUGCAUAAAAUUAAACAAAUCAGUGACUGGAGGUGUUUACAUGUCUACAUGCUUAACUGGUAUUAAGGCAUUUUUGUCAAAUACAAAAUAGCUACACAUUAAAGCAGAAUUUAUAUUGGCACAUUUUGAUGUAUUAGAAUAGUCAGUCCAAAGCAAGAAAAACGAUUGCUGUUUAGUUAUUUCAAGAGGAAGUGGAAUGCGAGUGGCAAAGCGUAAAACUACUAAUGAUACUGUUUGUUUUUGUGCAUGUAUUAAUUAUAUUAAAUAAUGAUUUGUUAUGUAUUACGAUACACUGUUAACAUUUUUUCACUUGUUUUUCAAGAAAAUUUUGUCCUUUAUUAAGACAUUAGAACCAAACAAUGGCAUACGUAUGUGUAGGUACCCAUUUUUAAGAUGUCAGCUGGUAUUGUAUUUGAGAUUAAGAAAAUGUAUAUACGUCUAUAACUGAUCAUGUGUUUCAUAAAAGGAUGUUUACACGGCAAACAGUUGGAAGAUGCAAAUGAUGGCAGAUUUCCUGGUACUGUUCUAAUUUAUCCACUAGGAGAGAGAAAGCUAAAGAGUCCACUGUGGUAACACGGUGAUUACUCUGGGCCCUGCCCCAGUGAGGGGAUUCUUCUACAGAACAAACCACAUUACCCGAUUCUGGUAGUUUUUAGAUUGGUUGGCCAUUGAAAGUUAAAUGGGGAUGAAGAAUGGGAAUGAAACAUAUCUCAAACUCAUGUGUCUCUGGUACUUUUUAUUCCAUGUUUAUAUGAGAAUGUCUCCUGUGCAUAUGCAAUCUUAAAUUAGGUUUCUGGUAAAACCAGUGUACCCCACCAUUGAGAGGCUGCCCUAUCCUGACCUAUGAAGUUUCCAGAUAGUACUCCACAUGAAAGCCAGUGAGGCUGGUCUCGGAUGCACUGGGGUGGUACUGACCUAGGGACUCUGUUAGGUUGACAGUAAGUGUGUACAGUAUAUAUAUUGCACAAAGUAAAACUUUGUCUCUUCUUCCCAUUGGAAUGUAUUUGUAAAGAAUCGUGUGUGUGUGGGUAUAUUUAUCUACAUUUAUGUCUACUUAAAAAGGAAGUAGUAUUUAAAUCUGUUUUAUAAAACAUGUACCUCUUUCACUCAUAUGCAAAUGUUCACUCCUCACAGAUUUUGAUUCGUUAGUUCUCUCGGAAAAUCGAUUACAGGUGGCUGUUAUUCCUUGUACCUUGAAAGUAUGUUUGACAAAUAAAAACCUUCAUUUUAGUUACA